AUGGUAUGUUAUAUUUGUUUACAACAUAAUGAUCAUAAUGUUGUAUUAAGUUCAUUGGAAACACAUGAAAUUAUACUUAAAUAUUCAAAUUUAUUUGAUUUUGAUCAAUUAUUAAUUUCAAUUCAAAUUGGAUCUAUAGAAGAAAUUCGUGUCAGUGAAGCCUUAAAAACAGAUAUUACAUAUCUUUUAUCUUUAUGUGAAUACUGUGAUCUACAUUUACGUGAUGCAUGUGCAAAUUUACUUGUUACAUUAAUUCAAACAACAAUUCAUCUUUUAACACUAUCAUCAUUAUCAAAUUCAUUUAUUAAUUCUUUUAUUAAUCAAUGUUCUCUUGUAUCAACUGAUUCACAAGACAGAAUUGAAUUAUUAAAAGAUUCUAUUCAACAUAGUACAAGUUCCUGUAUUCUUGCUAAAUUUGCUCUAGCUCAACUUAUGGAUGAUAUUGAUUUUCGAAUAUUAACUUAUCUUGAACAACAAUUAAAACAACAGUACCCUGAUAUACGUGUUCGUCAAGCAAUUGCUUCGACUUUUGCUAAAAAUGAAAGUGAUUUUCAAGCUGCUCUGCUCGAUUUACUUGUUCAAUUACUUUUAAUUCGUUUUAAUAAUAGUUAA